AAAACUAUGUUGUUAUCUCAAUAGACCAGGAAAAGCAUUUGACAACAUCCAACAUCUCUUCCUGAUAAUAACUCUCAUCAGACUAGAAGGGAACAUUCUCAACCUGAUAAAGGGCAUCUGUGAAAAAUCUGCAGCUAAUCUCAUACCUAACAGUGAAAGACUUGAGUUCUUUCCCCUAAGAUCAGAAACAAGAAUGUGUACUCCUCACUACUAUCAUCAUAAUACAGCUUCUGGCUAGUAUGAUAUGGCAAGAAAAAGAGGAGGUGGGAGGCAUUUCAAUUAGGAACUGGUGAAUGGAUAAACAUAUUGUAGCAUAUUUUUAUAAGGGGAUGCUACUUGGCAAAUAAAUAGGAAGACAUUUGUACAAUAGCAUGUAUAAAUUAUACUAAGUGAAGGAAACCACACUAAAAAAGACUGUAUACUAUAUAAUUUCAUUUAUUUAAAAUUUGAAAGUGCAGACUAACCUGUAGUGACAAAAAAAUAGGUCUCUGGCGGCUGAAUGAGUGGAGGGGUUAGAAGAGAAGGAUUAUAAAUGGUCAAGAAGAAACAUUUGGGGGUCUCAGAUAUGUCCACCAUCUUGAUUGUUAAGUGAUAGUUUCAUGUCUGUAUACAUACAUCAAAUUUGUAUAAUUAUAUGCUUUAAAUAUGUACAGUUUAUCAUGUAUGAAUUCUGUUUCUAUAAAGCUGUUUUUGUUUUUGUUUUUGUUUUUUUUAAUGGCUGAAAGUUCUUUAACCCUCAUUCCAUGAGAGGUCUGAUCUGUAUUCUCUACCUUUGAGUCUGGAUGGGCUUUGUGACAGCUCUGACCAAUAGAAUAUGACAGAAGUGACACCAUGUCAGUUUCAGAUCCAGGACUUAAGAAACUGGCAACUUCUACUUUCUGUCUCUUGACAUUCUUGGUCUGAGAGAAGCUAACCAUCAUGUGUGCAGUCUGACUACCUUGAGAUCAUCAAAUUGUCAGGAAUUCCCAGCUUUCCUAUGGAGAGCAAGAUGCCCAACCAGGGUAUAACUGUUCUUACCAUCCAAGUCCAGGCACUAGAACAUGAGACUUUGAUGAAUUCACUGAAGAUAAUAACGACACUAUGCUGAAGAACAUAGCAGAGGACCUUCGGAAUUGCUUACCUCUAGAAACCAUGCUUUCCUCAGAACACCUAGCCCUCCAAAAAAUACGGCAGCAGCCAGAACCCACAGUUCACGUUGAUGCAUUCCUUUAUGAUGAAGACUUUAUUGAUUCAUUAUGUGAGGAAGGAAAAAUGAGCAGAAACUACUGCAUGGUGUGUGGCUCACAUCAGACGGCUCCUUUAGGAUUUAUUUCUCAUUCCUUCUCCCUCAUGGAAUUGAAGUUCAUUUAUCAUCAUGUACUCCCUGAUCUGUCGGGAAAGGUCUUGGUUGACGUUGGCUCCAGGCUCGGCACAGUCCUUUAUGGGGGUUAUCUUUACAGUUCAGCCCUGCAACUAUAUGGAGUAGAAUUGAAUGGAGACUUUUGCCAGUUGCAGGAAAUGGUCAUAAAAAAAUACCAGUUCACUGACAGAAUAAAGGUGCUUCAUGCGGACAUCUGUACCCAGGGUUCACUUCUGCAAAAUGCUGAUGUUAUUAUCAUGAAUAAUGUCUUCGAAUAUUUUCUUGAUGAGGCAGAACAGGCCAGAGCCUGGGAAUAUAUCAGCCAUAAUGUAAGGAAACAAGGAUCAUUAUUAGUAACAGUACCAAGUCUUGAAGAUUCUCUGUCAGGCCUUCAGAUUAAUAUACAGUUAUCUUCCUGGGUUGAAGAGGUACCACUGAACUACAAUGUAUACCCAGAAAACCAUAUUGACAGAGAAGCUCUUGAACAAAUUCAUUUGUAUAAGAUUCUCUAACGUCAAAAUAGUCCUACCUCAAUGUAGUGGUUUGCUGAGUAUAUUACAAAUUAAUAAAAAAGAAACAUCUCCCUGAUACUCUAACACAUAUUUCUAUAUAUUCCUUUCUAGAUUUUAUAUGUAUGUUUACAUAUUUGUAAAUAGUCUUAUGGGUAUAUACACACACACAUAGUUGUGUAUAGACACAUAGUUGUGUCCAUAUACAACUUUGAUUUCUGUGAUAAUUAAAAUUUUUA